CUCAUGGGGUUCCUCUGGGUGUCGGCCGAGCUCGACGAAGAGGAUGUUGGCGGAGCGGUGACGUUCUUCCUCCUCCCUCAGGUGUCGGGUCAGAACCGCUCUGUUGGUCUUCACCGGCGCCGCUCGGACCUCAACGACACGCCGGGCCUCGCUAUGGGUCAGAACCGCGGCGAGUACGACUUCUACAUCGGCCUGGGGCUGGCCGUGAGCUCCAGCAUCUUCAUCGGGGGCAGCUUCAUCCUCAAGAAGAAGGGGCUGCUGCGGCUGGCCCGGAAGGGCUCCAUGCGGGCAGGUCAAGGAGGCCACGCCUACCUGAAGGAGUGGCUGUGGUGGGCGGGGCUUCUGUCAAUCGGUGAAGCGAACUGACCUCGCCUGACUCCGGCGACCCUGGUGACCCCACUGGGCGCCCUCAGUGUGCUGGUCAGCGCCGUGCUGUCGUCCUACUUCCUGUCGGAGCGCCUGAACCUGCACGGGAAGCUGGGCUGCGUGCUGAGCAUCCUGGGCUCCACCACCAUGGUGGUCCACGCCCCCCAGGAGGAGGAGCUCCGCAGCCUGGACCACAUGGCCCAGAAGCUGGUGGACCCGGGGUUCUUCGUCUUCGCCACCCUCGUGGUCAUCGUGGCGCUCAUCUUCAUCUUCGUGGUGGGUCCCCGUCACGGCCAGACCAACAUCCUGGUCUACAUCACCAUCUGCUCCGUGAUCGGCGCCCUGUCGGUGUCCUGCGUGAAGGGGCUGGGCAUCGCCAUCAAGGAGGCCAUCGGCGGCAAGCCGGUGGCGCGCAGCCCGCUGGCGUGGGCGCUGCUGCUGGGCCUGGUGGCGUGCGUGGGCACGCAGAUCAACUACCUGAACAAGGCGCUGGACAUCUUCAACACCUCGCUGGUCACGCCCAUCUACUACGUGUUCUUCACCACGUCGGUGCUCUCCUGCUCCGCCAUCCUCUUCAAGGAGUGGGGCCACAUGGGCGGCGCCGACGUCAUCGGCACGCUGAGCGGCUUCCUGACCAUCAUCGUGGGAAUCUUCCUGCUGCACGCCUUCAAGGACGUGAGCGUGAGCCUGGCCGCCCUCGCCGUGGCCAUGAGGAAGGAGGAGCGGCCGGCGCCCGCCAACGGGGCGGCGGCCCACUACGAGCUGCUGCUCAGCGAGGACCGUGAGGGGGGCGCGGCCUUCGAGAGCGUGUCCCGGAGGAACGGGGCCACGUCAUUGGACCACUGAGGGGGCGGGGCCACCUCUUUGGACCACUGAGGGGCCGGUGGAGUUAACCCUUUGAUUUGCCUUACAGACUUCAUUCCUCUGUAGCUGUACAUAUGAGUUUUUUAAGAGAUGUUUUGUUAUAUGUAAUCUCCACGCACUGAUCAAGAUGUUUUAAUAUAUAUUCUAUACGAGGUCCUGUGACACGGGCCGUCACUUUGAUUUGAGGGGUUUUUUUCGUGAUAUUUGAAAAGAUUAAAAACAAACGAAACUAUUUUAGUUGAA